GCCACAGCUUUGAUCCAUAAUAACUCUUUUAUUUUUUUAGUUUUUCCUUUCCUUUUUAACAAAAAGUAGUUCAUUCUCCUGUAACAACAAAAAAAAUUCCCCAAAAAAACAACAAAAAAAUCGUUACAAACAAAAUGGCGCAAAUGAGCGAACAAGAUUAUGCUCGCGAAAAAGAAGAAGAAUCCCAUAGCGAGAACCGGCGGAGCAGAAGCGACAACGGCUCGUUCAAGUUCAACGUGGCGGCACCGGAGUUCGUGCCAACGAUGGCCUCCGCCACCGCCCAGGUGCCCGUAAGCGGCUACUUCUACCCGUGCUUCCCAUCGAUGGACGGCACCACGGGCAGCUGGAUUUACGUGUCCGAUCAAGAAAUCAGCCUCCCUUCUUUGGCUCAGCCUAAACCUAAUGGCAAAGUCGCCUCCCCUCACAAUGCCCAGCACCAGCCCAAGGAUUCCGCCCUCUCCGAGGAGCUCAAGCACAAGAUCAUCAAACAGGCGGAAUACAUGUUCAGCGACAUGAGCAUGCUGGCCAAUGAAACCCUCGUCAAACACGUCAAUAAGGACCCUGAAGGCUACGUCCCCAUCAAUUUCGUAUCCACUCUGAAGAAAUUGAAAUCGCUGAACGUGAACAACCAGAUGGUGGCGCAGGCUCUUCGUUCCUCAUCGAAACUGAUGGUGAGCAACGACGGGAAGAAGGUGAAACGCAUGCAUCCGUUCACCGAGAAAGAGAAGGAGGAGCUGCAGCUGCGAACUGUCAUUGCUGAAAACCUCCCCGACGAUCACUCCCAUCAGAAAAUCGAGAAAAUGUUCAACGUCGUUGGAAAUAUAAAGUCGAUCCGCAUAUGCCAACCACAGGAGCAUAAUUCGUCGAGGUCUUCAAAGGGCGAUAUAGUUAUUAGCAACAAGCUUCACGCGCUGGUGGAGUAUGAGAACCUCGAGACAGCAGAGAGAGCAGCGGAGAAGCUAAACGACGAGAGGAACUGGAGAAAGGGGAUGCGAGUGAGAGUGAUGCUCAAGCGCUCCCCAAAGUCUGUGCUCAAGUGCCGCAAGUCAGAAUUCGACGUCUGUUUUGAUGAUGAAGAAUCCUCCCGGCUCAGCAACUCAGAAACUGAGGCUGAUGAGAAUGGAGCAACACUGAAGAGGAGCUGGUCCAAAAACAGAGGGAAAGCAAAACAGCAGCAACAGCAGCCACAGCGGCCGCAGCUGCAGGCCACCCGCAGCCUGCCGGCGACGUCCUCUCACUUCGGCACCAACUUCCCCGUCAAGGGACCCAGGAUGCCCGACGGGACUCGAGGAUUCACCAUGGGGCGGGGAAAGCCGCUUGCCAUCCAAGUUUGAUUGAUUAGGAUUUCAAUUAAUUCAUUAAUUCAACUAGGAAGUUGUCUUUGUCGAACAAACAAGCUAGUUCCAUUGGUCUUUUUCCAUACUUAGGGGUGUAAUGCCUCUGAAUGCUUCGUAAUAGCUAUUUUUGGGUUUUCCAUUUUUUUUUGUAUAGUUCCGCUCACUCGUUGAGCUGGGAGUUCGCUACAUGGGAGACAACCCUCGGUUCUCCAUAGCUUUAUACUAUCAUACACUAUUUAUUUUUUUUA